GAAUAGUAGAACAUAUAGGAGUAGUAACGGAAAUCCAGCAGCUGGAUAAUUCAGAAACGGGUGGAGGUGGCUGGUCGAUGAAAAUUGGUUCCGCAGAACCUGUACUUGUUGAUUGCAAACUUGGUGAUAGUAUUAGUGUUAAUGGUACUUGUUUGACUGUGACCGAAUUUGACACUACGUGGUUUAAAGUUGGACUCGCACCAGAGACGCUCAGAAGAACCAACCUUGGGGAUUUGAAAGUUUCCAUGAAAGUAAACUUGGAAAGGGCGGUCAAUGCUAGUGUCAGAUUUGGCGGACAUUUUGUACAGGGACACAUUGACACGACAGCAACGAUCUUAUCAAUCACUCCUGAGGGAAAUUCACUUUGGUUCAAAUUAAAACCAACUGAUCCGUCAUACCUACGCUACAUCAUCCCAAAAGGUUACAUCUGUUUGGAUGGUACCUCUUUGACGGUGUGCGAGGUAAACGACGAAGAACAUUGGUUUAGUAUCAUGUUGGUCGCCUACACUCAAGCUCAUGUUAUUAUACCUUCUAAACGAGUCGGGGAUAAAAUAAAUGUUGAAGUCGAUAUGUUAGGUAAAUAUGUUGAGAGAAUUGUCGAACCAAUGCUUUUGGGCGAUCAAUUACAAGGUGGUGGCUAUAUUGAAAAAUUGGUAAAGAAGUAUUUGGAGAAUAAAGCAAAAAAUAUCUCUCCUCCCUUACCUUAA